CUUUACUUUGCUACCGGCCAUCCCCGAUUGUUUACACUUACUUAUAUUGCACCGUGACCUUAACUGAAUCUUCUCUUCUAAGAAUCCAACACAUCCCCCGUAGAAAAUGGCAGAACAAAGCGUCACCGAACUCAUCUACUUCCACGUCAAAGACACCGUCAAACCCGAAGACCCCGCCCACAGCGACGAGGGCGCCGCCCUCCUCCAAGUCUUCGCAAACACCAAACACCAAAGCGGGUAUAAGGGGUCAGCCUGGGGUCGCGCCAUCGAGGAUGAGAAUCUAAUUGUUUGGGCGAUUGACUGGAAAGACGCCCACACCGGCGCAAACCCCCACACGACCCUCUCCCCCUUCCUUCACGAAGACGCCCAGGAAAUCACCAUAGUCUUCGCAACCCUCACCUCCACCACCACCACCACCACCACCGACGACGACAAAGCGGAGAAGACGCCAACAACAACAACAGCAACACUAACCCAAAAUCCCGUAACGGAGCUCUGGACACCCGCGUUUCCGACCUCCCUCGCGCCGGGGGAGGUCAACGAGGUGCACGCCAGUCUGAUCGGGUUACGGAAGGCAGUCACCGAGCAGUUGCCGGCGGGCCAGCGGGCGGUGUCGUUCGCGAUGGGCCAGGUGGAGAGGCCGGGGACGACAACGCACGAGCAGAGCGAGACGGGGGAGGCGUUUGUGGUGGUGAUUGCGGCAGGGUGGGAGAGUGUUGAGGUGCACUUGAAGGGGAAGGAGACGGAGGCGUUCCAGGAGGCGAUUGGGAAGGUCCGGGGACAUUUGCUGGCGCCGGUGCGGGGGUUGGGGGGGUUGAAGCAUGUUGAGUUUAAGGGGGUGGAGUAGCGUUGUUUCUCUUCACGUUCAUUUUCAUGUAUUGUCGGCGGGUGAGGGUGUAGGUAGGGUAGUAUGUGUAGGUAGUAUGGGGAGUAGUAUGGAUGGAGGUAAUGUGGAAAUGAUGGGUAUAAUGGAUGGGGUCAAGACCUCAAGUCUGAUGGGGGGUCCUUGAUUACCAUGAAUGUACUCCGUAGGAAGAGAAAGUUGAUAGAAUGGUUGAAUGAAAUUUGAGCGACUCCCC